ACGCGCGUAAUCAACGUAAACAAAAACGGCGUAAUCCUUCUGUAACCGCGCUCCUGUUUAGUUUUUCGUGAAAAAUCUUGUAAAAAUGAAACAGAUUUUCUAGAUUUUCGUGUUUAGUAAAUAAAAGAAUAGUUCAUUUGAUUAAAUAUGUCGUGCAGUGCCGAAGAAAUUGCUGAAAAGCGGAGGAUCGCCAUUGAAAGGCUAAAGGCUCGGAAGAGUGCUCUGAACAAUAAUAAUAACAGUAACCCAGGUCCUGGGAUCUCGAGUGCUGGAUCGUUACCAGCAGCCACCACAACAAUUUCUAAACCUUGUGUGCCUGCUGUUCAUGUACAACAGCAUGUGAUGCAAUCACAUAAACAGCCCUGGCCCAGUGGGCUGCACACUUCGAGUUCCUUUUAUGGAAACGCCGGAAACAAUUCCACCAACUUCAAGCAAAGCGUACCGAACGGGACGACUAAUGCAGCCGGUGGCGGUAAAAUGAAAUCCGUUUUCAACAAUGCUCGUCCUCAAAUGCAACCGUACGUUAAAAAUGCCCCGCCCGCGAUGGCCACCGGUGGGACACCGGGCAAGAUAGCACCCGUUUUCGGUCGGACGGUUGCGUGUUCCUGUGCGAUGGUAUCGGAAUCGAGAUUCAUCGUUCAACCGUCCGGGUUCAACGAAAAGCUGAUCGAGGUGUUCAAGAGCAUUCCGUCCAAGCAGUACGAUCCCAUCACUAAACUGUGGACCUUCGCAUUCAAAGAUUACGCCAUGGUCCAAGAGCGAGUCACAGCCCUCAAUCCGCACGUUUCCAUAGGCCCCAUUCCUAAAUUCAUCCUUCGGUUGUUCGAUGGAGGUCCUCGCCCGAAGAUAUCCCGCGCCUGUCUCAACGGCAUCGAGCCAUCGCUGGUUAGUACGUUGUUAGACUUUCAGAAGGAUGGCGUCUGCUUUGCCAUAGAUAAGGGCGGCCGAGCGCUGAUAGCGGACGAAAUGGGCCUGGGAAAGACUUACCAAGCGCUUGCCGUGGCCGAUUUUUACAAGGAAAAUUGGCCUCUGUUGAUAUGCACGACCGCGUCCACGAGGGACGCCUGGGCUGCAAAGAUUCGCCAGUUAUUUCGGUAUGUACCGGUGCAGAGUAUAGUGACGCUCCAAGGAAGCCAAGACCCGAUUGAGCGGGCAAGGAUUUUAAUUUCGAGUUAUAGUUUGAUGGAGAGGUGUGCGGAUAAGCUACUGGAUCGAGGAUUCGGAUUUAUCAUCAUGGAUGAAUCGCAUACACUAAAGAAUUUCAAAGCCAAAUGUACCGCAGUGGCGCAUGAGUUGGCCAAGAAAGCCAAACGUGUGAUCCUGCUGUCCGGAACACCUGCCCUAUCACGGCCGGUUGAGUUAUAUAGUCAGCUGCAGAUGUUGGAUAGGAACUUUUUCAACUUCAAAGAGUACAGCACCAGAUACUGCGCCGGGAAGCAGUCGAAAUUCGGUUGGGAUGCCAACGGUCAGUCCAACCUGGAGGAGUUGAACCUGUUGCUGGCGGCUAGGUUCAUGAUCCGGCGCACGAAGCUGGACGUGAUGAGUGAGCUGGCGGAGAAAAAUCGAGAAACUGUGAUACUGGAUGGAUCGUUGCUGAGCAAGAACGUGGAAGCAGAGGAGAAUCUGAGCAGCUACGCGGCGGACUAUUCGAUGAGUAAAGGUCGCGAACGGGAGGAAAUCCUGAUUCAGUACUAUAGUGCGACAGCUGAGGCAAAGGCACCGGCUGUGUGCGGCUACCUGAAGCAAGUACUGAAAGAGAAGCAAAAGUUUAUUAUUUUUGCGCAUCACAUCAAAAUGCUGGAUGCGAUUUCGAAGUACCUGAGCAAGCACAAGGUGGAUCAUAUUCGGAUAGAUGGAACAACGCGCUCGGAUCUUAGAUCGAGCCUGGUGGAGAAGUUUCAAACCGAGGAUUCCUGUCGAGCUGCCGUCCUGUCCUUGAAGGCUUGCAAUGCCGGAAUUACCCUUACCGCCGCCCAGCUGGUGCUGUUUGCCGAACUCGAUUGGAACCCAAGCACCCUAGCCCAGGCGGAAAGCCGCGCCCACAGAAUCGGCCAGGAAGGAACGGUCGUGGUUCGAUACCUUCUCGCUAAGAAAACUGCCGACGACAUCAUCUGGACGAUGCUGCAGAAGAAGCAGAACAUCCUGAACAAGGCCGGACUGUGUAACGAGGAUUUCUCCGAUUCGACCAAUGUGGAUGCCCCCUGCUCGGCGGGAAACAUCGAAGCGUACCUGGAGAAGCGGGACACUGCGAUGGGGACGUUGGACCGCUUCGUCGUUUGCGAUGGUGCGAAGGCUAGCGGAAGUGAUUUAUCAUCCAAGACUGACAGCAACAGCGACCUGCAAAGAAUGCUGGACGACGGCGAGGACGACGAUUUGGCGGGGUUGGAUUUCUAGUGGUUACUACUCAUGCGUUUGAAGAAGUUAUAUUUUUCUGUGAAAUUAAACUUUAUUAGCUAAAUGUUA